AUGGACGCCCAAAUAGAAAAGACAGUUCUUGGUGCUGCCAUUCGCUAUGCGAGCCACAAGAUGGUAUCGCGUCUUAUUUCCGAAGGUGCUGAUGUCCAUGCCCAGCAGAUCUGGCGGGAUCCCACGCCAAGGGAUCACCCGCCGAUAGAUCGCUCUGAUCAUAUUGAAGAAGGGGGAAAAGUCACAGCCCUACAUAUUGCGAGCAUGUUUUGGAAUCUAGAGGGCAUCCAUGCCCUACUAGAUCACUCUGGCGACAAAACUGUGGCAGAGAUGCUCUCCAGUACGGAUGAUCAUGGCCGAAUUCCUCUGCACUGGGCGUUACAAGGCACUCGGGAUGAACCCCUUUUUAGUUCAAACGAGAAUGAAGAAUACAAGUCUCCGCCUCGUAAGAUGGAUGCUGUACGCCUCCUUCUCGGCGCAAACCCCGACACAAUCAGCGCUGAGGACAGAUACGGUGCGACAGUAUUCAACUAUGCCGUCAAAUCCGAUUCGGCAUUACCAGGUAUAUUGGCCGUUUUGAAGAUUCUUUUAGAAGCAAAGCCACCUGCUCUGAAUGCUCGUGAUCUGAUAGGCGCGACGGCUCUCCAGGAUACAAUGGUCCAUCACUCUCGACGACAUGGAAAUGUUCUCGACCCGCAAUUUGCAGAGUUGAUAGGUACAUUGCUUGACAAUGGAGCCGAUGCCCAUCUAGGUAUUCACAAAUUGUGUGAUGGGAUCUGGUUGGAUUCUAUCAGCACUGUGAUGAUUGACCAUCUGCUAAAGCAGACUGAUAUUAAUGAAACUGAUGCCGACGGUUGUACAGCGAUGCACUAUCUCGUCAGGCAUAUGGACCAGAUCGAUGCUACUCGCUAUCUCAUCAGCCGAGGAGCGGGUGUUACUGUGAAAAAUCACAAGGGAGAUACGCCUCUUCACGAUGUGAUGAAAGGUACAAUGAUCCGAAAGCGGGAUGAGAAUGGAAACUGGUUGCAACCACUAGACGCCCCAAUCCAAGUGCGAAAUGAGUUGAUUCAAAUGUUGAUAGAUGCUGGAGGCUCGAUGGAUGCUCCGAAUGGCGCUGGGCAGACACCGACCCAACUGUUUGAAAAACUCGAGCAAAGACGGUAG